AUGGCUUCUUCUUGCAUCUCUAUCUCUGACCUUCCUCCUGAGAUUCAUCCAAGUUCAGUUACCGCAAAUGUCAAUUCCGACCGGUACUUCGCCAACCACCCUUUACUCUUACAGCUGGAUAAAUGCUCCGACGUUAGACGGCUAAAAGAAAUACAUGCCCAGAUGUUGCGAAUUGGGCUCUUCAAUGACUCAUAUGCAGCUAGCAAGCUCAUCCAAGUUGCUGCUUUGUCUGACAUAUCAAGCCUGAGCUAUGCCCAGAAAGUGUUCGACCAAAUUCCUCAGCCGAAUCUUUACUCUUGGAAUGCUCUCAUUCGUUCUUAUUCUUCCAGCGAAGAGCCCGUUAACACGCUUUCGAUGUUCGUUCGAAUGCUUUAUGAUGGUGCAGAGUUGCCUAAUAAGUUUACUUACCCUUUUGUGAUCAAAGCUGCUGCAUUGAUUUCAGCUUUACGUUUUGGAAGAGGACUUCAUGCGAUGGUGGUUAAGUCGGAAUCUGCUACUGACUUGUUUGUUCUUAAUGCUUUGGUUCACUUUUACGCUGAAUGUAAGUGUUUGGAUGCGGCAUACCAGGUUUUUCUGAACAUUCCAAAUAGGGACAUUGUAUCAUGGAAUUCUAUGAUUAUGGGGUUUGUCCACGGAGGUUAUGUUGAAGAGUCUUUGGAUUUGUUCCGUGGGAUGGAGGGAGAGAGUAUGAAGCCAAAUGAUGUGACAAUGGUUGGAGUUUUGUCAGCAUGUGCAAAGAAGCUGGACUUGGAGUUCGGUAGGUUUGUGCAUUCAUACAUCAGGAGGCAUGGGAUUAAGGAAAGUUUGAUUUUGAAUAAUGCCAUUCUGGAUAUGUAUGCUAAAUGUGGGAGCAUUAAGGACGCGGAAACAUUGUUUGAUGAAAUGAAGGAGAAGGAUACUAUUUCAUGGACCACUAUGAUUGUAGGAUACACAAGGGUGGGGGAUUUUGAUGCAGCAAGGAGCGUUUUCAGUGCAAUGCCUUGCCAAGAUAUUGGUGCAUGGAAUGCUCUUAUUUCGGCGUAUGAGCAGAAUGGUAAGCCGAAGGAGGCCUUAGCCACUUUCAGUGAAUUGCAGCAGAGCAAGGAGGCAGAACCUGAUUCGGUGACACUUGUUUGUGCCCUAUCAGCAUGUGCGCAACUGGGAGCAAUAGACUUGGGGAGUUGGAUUCAUGUGUACAUUAAGAAACGGCACAUUAAGUUGAAUUGCCAUCUGACUACCUCAUUGAUUGACAUGUAUUCCAAGUGUGGGGAUCUAGAGAAGGCACUUGAAGUAUUUCACUCGAUAGAGUACAGAGAUGUGUUCGUUUGGAGUGCGAUGAUUGCUGGUUUUGCAAUGCAUGGUUGUGGGAAGGAGGCCAUAGAGCUGUUCUCGAAGAUGCAAGAAGCUAAGGUCAAUCCUAACAGUGUUACUUUCACCAAUUUGUUAAGUGCUUGCAGUCAUUCUGGCCUUGUGGGCGAUGGAAAGGCGAUUUUCAAGCAAAUGGAGCCAGUUUUUGGGGUUGUGCCUGAAGUCAAGCAUUAUGCUUGCCUGGUUGAUAUUCUUGGUCGUGCAGGCAACUUGGAAGAAGCCGUUGCUGUAAUAGACAAGAUGCCUGUUUCUCCCGGGGCAUCAGUGUGGGGAGCUCUGCUCGCAGCCUGCAAGCUUCAUGGAAAUGUUGCCAUAGCCGAACAAGCAUGUAACAAUUUACUCGAGUUAGAGCCUGACAACGAUGGAGCAUAUGUGCUUCUAUCCAACAUUUAUGCUAAGUCAGGGAAAUGGGACAAGGUAUCUGCAUUGAGGAACCUGAUGAGAGGUUCUGGAUUGAAGAAAGAACCUGGCUGCAGCUCAAUCGAGAUUGAUGGCGUCAUUCAUGAAUUUCUUGUCGGAGAUAACUCUCACCCUCAAUCUGUCAAAAUAUACUCAAAGUUGGACGAGGUCGCUGCUAGACUGAAAUCUGCUGGCCACGUACCAAAAACAUCGCAGGUGCUGCAACUCGUUGAGGAAGAAGAUGUGCAAGAGCAGGCAUUGAAUCUGCACAGCGAGAAGUUGGCCAUAGCAUUCGGUCUUAUUAGUACAACAAACUCGGCUCAACCAAUUCGAGUUAUGAAGAAUCUCCGAGUUUGUCACGAUUGCCACGCCGUUGCUAAGCUGAUAUCCAAACUGUAUGACAGAGAAAUACUUUUGAGAGAUCGUUACCGGUUUCAUCACUUCAAAGGAGGCCAUUGCUCAUGUAAGGAUUACUGGUGA